AUGAAUCUCGUCGUAGAAGAGACCGAUUCUGAGGGUCGGGCCAUCUACUUCAAAAGCCCUGCAGACAUCUCAAAGGCCGUGACCUUCGGCAAAAACGAUAUCAGUACCCAGGAACGAAAGGUGAAACAGCGGAUUGACUACAAGACCACCAAAGGCGUCUAUCCCUGCGAGGCAGACAGCAACGUUCUCUUCAUUGUGACGCACAAUGAAAAAUCGAAACCUCAGCUUCGAGUCCUCAGACUGCCCUCAGAUGCAAAAGCUACCCAACUGCGUUACUUCAUUGAUCAGUUACAGCUAACACCACUCUAUAAGCGCGAACAGCCGGACAAAAUCAACCCCGAAUCACGCCCAUUGUCGCGAACAACUCAGACCAUGCAACGCCCCCCACCUCGCAUGGAAAUGGACGACUUUGACGACAUUCAAAUCUACCGGCCGAAGCUCCGAGUAAAUCGUCCCGAGGUGUACAACAAGGGUGGCAGUGACGGUCGGCGACGUCCUCCGUCUCGUAUGCAGCGCCGUCGCCUGGAAGACAGCACGUCAAGCUCGGAUUGGAGUGAGGAUGAUGCGCCGGAGGAUGAGGACAGUGGCUUCUCCGGGAAUUCGCGGUUCCGCUCAGACUACAACUAUUCGAGAAUAAGUCGUCUGCAGGAGGUCCGUCAGGGCAAAAGCAGCUCUGAGGUAAUUAAAGUUGAGUGGAUUUAUUUUGACAACGCUCAUGCCCACCCUAACCGGAAAAUGAUUCUGGUUCUGGACGAGGACCAGGACUGA